AGACUCUUUUAAUUAAAGCUUGUACCAUAUUCUGUAUUCCCAAGUCACGGCAGCCGCCCGCGCUUCCCCAGGACACCUCGGGCUCCGUCUCCGGCACGGCAUGGACGGGCAGCGCGGCUCGCCGGGCACCGGCGGCUGGAGAGUCGCGCUCCGGGCUCGCCCGGCCCCAUGAUGAGCUCGCCCAGCGGCCGGGCCCGCCCGACUCGUCUGCCCGAUGGGGCUGGUCCCGGAGCCGGCAGAGGCGCAGCCCGAGCAUGACGGUGGCCGCGGGGAUGAAGCUCCCGGCGAGAAGGAGGAGCCGCCGCAGCGGAGCAGGCAACCAGAGUUCCCCUCCUGGGAGAAGAUGCCAUUCCACCAUGUGACAGCUGGCUUGUUGUACAAGGGCAAUUACCUGAACCGCUCGCUCUCGGCCGGCAGCGACAGCGAGCAGCUGGCCAACAUCUCGGUGGAGGAGCUGGAUGAGAUCCGGGAGGCUUUCCGAGUGCUGGACCGGGACGGGAAUGGCUUCAUCUCCAAGCAGGAGCUGGGCAUGGCCAUGCGCUCCCUGGGCUACAUGCCCAGUGAGGUGGAGCUGGCCAUCAUCAUGCAGCGCCUGGACAUGGAUGGGGAUGGCCAGGUGGAUUUUGAUGAAUUUAUGACCAUUCUGGGACCUAAGCUGGUGUCGUCGGAGGGCAGGGACGGCUUCCUGGGGAACACAAUAGACAGCAUAUUCUGGCAGUUUGACAUGCAGAGGAUAACACUGGAGGAGCUGAAGCACAUCCUGUACCACGCCUUCCGCGACCACCUCACCAUGAAGGACAUCGAGAACAUCAUCAUCAAUGAGGAGGAGAGCUUGAACGAGAACUCUGGCAACUGCCAAACGGAGUUUGAAGUGCACGCCCAGAAGCAGAACCGCCAGACGUGCGUGCGCAAGAGCCUCAUCUGCGCCUUCGCCAUGGCCUUCAUCAUCAGCGUGAUGCUGAUCGCGGCCAACCAGAUCCUGCGCAGCGGCAUGGAGUAGCGCUGGCACGGCUCGCCAGGCCCUGGCGCGCCCAGGCCCCAUGCAUGCGCAGCCCGGGAGAGCUCCCGCCCCGACCCCACGGCACCGCCACGCGGGCACGGCCGGCGCCCGCGCCGGGAGCCGGAGCCAGCGGCGUGUCCUGUGAACCAACCGCAUCCUUCUGGCAGGGACAUCAAAGGGCUGUUCUAAUGCUUUAAAGGUUUCGUUUCCUAAUGCAAUAAUCCCACGUCCAGGAGUCCCGAAUUAUUGCUUCGAAACAGCAAUGGCAGCGCGGAGGACGCUCGGAUCCGGCGCUCUGCGCUCUGGAGGAGGCCCAGCCUCGUGACUUGUCCUUACCCAGGGCCCGCUGACUAUCCCACGGAGCUCCUGCCGGGCCCACAUUCCCAGGAAGUUGAUCGUAGCAUUGCCACGAGCAAGUCCCGUUCCUUUUGUUCCACGUGUUCCAGCUUCACUUUCCUUUUCCCUUAUGACCAUGCCAUGGAGUUUACGGCAUUAGAGGGGAGCUAGAGCAUCCUUGUACAGUAUUUUCUGAGGAAAAAAGGGGAGAAUUUGCCAGCACCAUACAAAAUGUCUAUUUUUUGCUUCAUCAACUCCGCCUUUGACACGAGACUGUGGGGUAGCAGGAGUCUGUUGGCCUUUUUUUUCCGACUGUGAAUCAGGGCUUGAGGAGCACUCCUUGUUUUCCCACCUGGGCAUUGCUGAACUUGUGCAAAGUCUUCCAAGGGACUCUGCCACCACCAGCGCCAGCUAAACCUCCCUCUCCUCAGGCCUCUCUGCAUAUUCAACAUUUCCUCUCCAGCAGUUUUAUCUUUCUUCUUUAUUGAUCUUCAAGAAUUUUUUUCCCAGGUGAAAAUCCUGAGGGAAGCUCUCCCUGAGCUUUCCUCCUCUCUCCUUGCCUGUACAAUUUUAAUUUAUUCCAUUUCAUGUGGCCUGGUUAUGAUCUGCAGUGAAACCUCCAUGGCAGACAUCAUCCUGUGGGGGAGGUUCUAUUUUUACCCACAUGGUAAAGUGUUGGUUUGACCAGCCAACUUCCCAUUCCCUCCCAGGAUCCAUCCCACCACCCCCAUCCCAUGGCAGGCUCCAAAGGGGGCCAUUGGAAAAGCCACGCUCAGCAGGAGAAGAAGGAACCAAACCUGAGCCCACCCCCGUGUGUUUGAAGUGUGUCAGACUUCCAGAUCUGGGGAGAGUUGGGUGUUUUUCCUGGAAUACAUUCUGGGGAGCAGCAAGGAGGAGAUGGAAUGAUGCAGAGCAGGGACACGACACGGGAAGUGCAAGGAGCCAGGAUUGCUUGGGAAGGUGUUUUUCCUUUGAAACUCGACACGAAUCCGUGCAUUUCCCUUUGGAUGAACUGUGCCCCUGGGUGUCACACCAGGACAGAGGUGAUCUCCUGCCCUCCUGGGAGGGUUUUGCCAGCUGGUGAUCAUGGAGUGCUCCAAGGGAGGUCCAUGGAGGCACUCGGGUGCUGGAGUGCUGGGAGAGCUCCAGGCACACCCAGGCACCCUGAGAUGUUGCUCCUGGAAGUGGAGGUUCCCUGUGCCACAGGAGGGCCAGGAGGGCUCCCCUAGGAGUUGCACAGCCCCAACCUCCCUCAUCCCACCCUGCAGCCAUUGACUUACACUGGAUCCAUCCCCAAAACUCAUUCCAGCUCUUUCUUUUCCACUAGUCCGAGUGACAACAUUUACCUGCAUUUUUAGCAGCCCAAUUUAAAAAUCUGCUGCUUGUUGUCCUGUCUCUCACCACCCCUUUAAACUCAAGUCACUUUUUAGUGUCUCAGUGUCCCACCGCCACCUUUUCCUGCCAUUUUCCUGGUUUCCCCUCCAUCCCAAAGACAACACCUUUUCCACAGCAGCUGAGUUGAUUUAUCUGCCUUUCCCAAAUUCCUGCAUUUCUGUUCUGCUGUGACCAAUAGAGGUGAGUUGCAGAAUAUUCCAUGAAAAAAAAGAUUCUGUCUCCCAGAAGAUGGAGAGAUUUCCAUUUGCUACAGGGUAGCAGCAGAAUAUCUGUGGAGUAUUCUGAUAUGGGAUUCUCAGUAGUGGGGAGCCCAGACACAUUUUCUGUGCAGAGCAUUGCAGAUAACGAGUUUGGAAAUCAUUUUGAGGAAACUCAUCCCCACUUUUAGCUCUCAGGGGUCUGUGGAAAGGUGGCAGCUGUGGGAAAAAAAGUCUAAAUGUUCCUUGCCACUGAGGAAGACUCAUUUUGUCCCGAGGCUUGUGCAGAUGGAGGUGGAGGGAGGGAUGGGGGAGCAUGGGGUGGAGCAGUGCCUCCACUGAGCCCAAACCCACAACCCCAAACCCACAACCCCAAACCAGGCAUUUCCCCACCCAUUUCCUCACCCAUGUGCCACAAACCCCCAGCAGACUCCAGGCCCAGCAGCACCUCAUGGACAAUGAUUGUCUGCAUUCCUUGAAGCUUUCUGGAAGGCUCCAGAAUUGCCUCCUGCAUUCCCCAUGAGCCUUGUAAACACUGCCAUUCUCCAGCCCAACCCUUCCCCUCGCAGCUCCAUUUGUAAAGCCAAACCUAUAAUGAAUAUAUUGGUAAAAGCCAUAGCCUGGUGUCAGUAGAGUUCAUUGCACAACUCCCCACUGAUUUUACUGGGUACAGGAUUUUUGGGGCUUUGGGGUGUGAUUUUUCGGUAGGGAACCUCACUUUUCCAUUACGAAUCAGGGUCACGUCUUGCCAGAGGUCUCCUUUCCCUUCCUAGAGCAGCCUUCCUCCAUCUCCAGGUGUUGUGAAGAGAUCCCUUCUUUAAUCAGUGGCUCCUGGCAAUGCAGGAUGGAUCAGGCCAAGCUAUUCCAUCCUUUCCUUCCCUACAAACUUCCCAUCCAGCAGCGCUGAAUGUCUCCUACCUCCCUCCCUGGCUCCAUUUAUGUAACAUCCAUUUAUCUCUUUUUUUUUUUUUUUUUUUUUUUUUUUUUUUUUAUACUUUUUUUUUUUUUUUUUUUUUUUUUUUUUUCUUCUACACAAGAGGGGGAAAAUAGGGCUUUUUGCUGCUUUUACAGACAGGAGGUAAAAAUAGAGCAGUAAAAUUCUGAUUGGAACCUGAUGGCAAAAGCUGAGGGGGGAGAAAGCAGAAGAAUCAAAGACAUAAAAAUAAAAACCCCACAUCCCAUACUUUAAGGAAAAAAAAAAAAAACUAUUUAAGUGCUAAUUAACAUACUUAAAAAAAAUACCCAGACUGCAGCAGAGCUGUCAGAAAAAGCUCCAAACUUCUGCUCUUGCCAGUUCCAGGAGGAUUGAAGUGUCUUUUCAGCCCUGCAGUUCUGGAGGAACAGGAGAUUGCCAUGGCAACCCUGGCUGUUCGUGACAUGGGUGCCACCGUGGCAGAGCACACACGAUCCCAGGCUUCCAGGGACGGGCAAACAGCUCCCAGCAGUGGGACAGGGGCUUUUCAUGGAUUAGGGAAUCAUUAGGAAUUCGUGAGCAACUCUGUUGGCUUGGCCACAGAGAACCGUGUGCAAUGAAGGGGAUUGACGUGCAGGGAAGGCUUUGAGAGGGACGUGAUGAUUUCAGCCCCAGAGAGGCUUUAGUUUCAUUCAGGAGGGAGUGAAAUCCACUCAGCCUGAGCACUGCCUGUCCUGGGCUUGCUGAGGACUCUUUGGGAAGGUUCUCCACGUGGGAAGGAUUUGGGUUCCUCCUCCUGCAAGGCUGCAGCCCUGAUCACCAUUGGUGACCUUGGCUUCAGCCGCUGGCUUUAGCAGUGACCCUGAUUCCAUGCCCUGGAGAAGCCAGCAGAAGGAACAGCAGCCUCACCAAUGCUGAAAUUAUUUGGAGGGAAGUGAAUUCCAGCAAAAGCUGCUGCAGGAACCCUGCUCACCUGUCAGAGCCAAAGCCAUGAGGAAACCACAGCUGGGGAGCAGCCAGGCAGGACAGGCGCAGUGGCUUCGUCCUGAGCACGGCCAGGAGCUGAACUCCAGGUCCUUGUGGGGCCCUUCCAACUUAGGAUAUUCCAUGAGGGUGGUGCUGGUGGCCCUGGAGACCCAGAUCCUGCUCACAGCCAGUGACAGCUGGGAGGUGUCACCUCUGGUGCCACCCGUGGGAUCCUGGCCCCUCCACGAGUGCACCACUGAGGAGGAAUUUCUGAUCAGAAGCAAUGUCAACAUGAUCAAAAGAUUUAAAUUAGGAAGGCUUGGCUUUGUUGGGACUGCACUCCUCAUGCUGUGGGAGGUGAUAGGUAAUUAAAGAGAGUUCACAAAAUAAUUCUUCCUGCUUGAUGGGCAUCCCCACAUCCCCCAGUCACUGUCAGCACCUGGGGCAGUGAUCACAGAGCCCAGGUCCAGGGUGAGCAGGAUGGUGGGAGGGAGGAGCACCCCCAGCUCCCAUCCCUGCUCCCCGGUGAGCCAGAGCUGAAUUCCUGGGUGUAAUCCAGUUCAUUUGAGAGAUUCCAUCCCGGUUAUCCAGAGGUUUCACCUGUUGGAUGUGUGCAGUGGCAGGGCUGGAUGUUGGCUGCUUUAAUUCCAGCAGCUUGGAUACCAUUCUUUAUAAGCAGGGCUGAGUAAAGAGGGGUUUUAAAUCCAGAACUAGGGCAGGGAGCAAGGAAAGCAAGCCAAGCUAGAAAACAUUCCCAAGGCUGCCACUCUGGAUGGCUGAAAUCUGUUUGGAUGGGCCGAGUACCCACUGGUGCUUUCUUCCAUUGAAGCUUAGGAAUAUUUUGUCCCAAAAAAAAAUGAACCCUGCAUCCUCCUGCCUGUUGUAGAAGAGUGAAACAUCUCCUGGGCCACCCCUGGUACUGGGAGGGGCUCCAUGCCCUGGGGCAAGGGGGUCUUGCAGCUUUUCCCAUGGAAAACAGCCCCUGCACGUGCUGGGAGCUGCCAGGGCUGUCAGCACCCUGAGGUGACAGGAGCACAGCCCCCGUCAGCCCUGCAUCAGCCAGGGGAGAAGCAGUGGGAGGAAUGACAUUAAAAUCUCUAAGAAUGAAGUCCCUUCUUUUACCCACCCCUGUAAUCCAUGAUUUAGUUGUUGCUUUAUGGAUGAGCAUUUGAAAGAAGAAAAACCAGCUCUUCUAAAAUGAGAAUCUGAUGAAGUGUCUUUUUUCUUGGCUCUGAAUCACGCUUCCAUUCCACUGAUGAAGAUGUACAGAACUUGCUGGGUUUCAAUCUAUUAUUUUACCCUCCUGUGCUCUGACAGUGCAAUUACUUUUCCCUGGCAUCACUUAAAACCUGUUCCUUUCCCAGGAAUUUAAUGCAGAAAAAGUUUCACCCCAUUUCCAUAUCUUUGUGUUGUUGCCUGUUAUCAGGAUGGGGUCUGCAUUUCUCCAGUUCAAGAAGGACAUUUUAGGCUGCUCUAGGAAGUGAUGAACCUUCACCAAGAGCAAGGUGGGCAGAAAAUCUAAGAGCAUUUAAAUUGAAGUAUGCACCACUUGCACCUUUCCAGUGGCAAAAUUCUGUAAAACUUCUGUAAUAUGGCAUCUUCACUAUGAAAUAAUUGCAGCCCCAGAAGAGGGAGAAAGGAGAAAAAAGAAAUCCUCUGGAUCUAGAGCUCAUCACUUGAUUAUGAAAGUACCACAGGGUUAUAUUUUAUUUUCUGUCAAGACAGACCAAAACACUUUGUAGCCUUGAAAACCAUUGCUAGAUGAAAUUGCCAUUUCCCACCCAGUUAUUUCCCCAGCUGUUCCUGGCCUGUCUUUGCCAACAUCCCAAACCAGCAGCUGGAUUUGCCCCUCUUGAGGUGAGAUCCGUGUUCCAGCUUUCCUUUCCCAGCUGCUCCUGUGUCCCCACCAGCCAACCAGGAGACCUUGGCAAGCUCUGAGGUGGCUUUGGGUGCCACCAGUGCUUGGGCACCUUCUGUCCCUCCUGGGGGCCGUUCCGAAGGGUGCAGGGGGUGUUGUUGACAUCAAUCCCCAAAUUCCUGCCUCCAUUCCCAGGGCAGCAGCCCCAGGGUGGGCUCACCUUCCUGAGCAUCCCUUCCAGAGCAGCCAAAGCUCUUCCAGCUGUUUUUCCCUCAGAUUUAUCCGGGCUGGGUGAGGAAGGGAGAGCAGGCUGCUCGUGGGCCCAGGGUCAGUCAGAAAUAACUCAUUAGAGUUAAUUGGAAUAAGCCCAGGACCCAGGCUGUUGCCAUUGAAUCUAUAGCAGGAUCUGAGGAAUCUUGAUUCAUCUCUAGGAAGGUCUCCACUAAUCCCUGUGGCUCCCUUUUGUCACCAGCUCAUGUUUUCCGAGCCAUUUACUGUUCAUUUGUAAACUCACCGGGUUUUUUUGGCUCGUUAAUGAAACACAUGGCUUUUUAAUUAAAGAAAAAACUUCACAAAGUCAGCAGCAUAAUAGUAAAAAAAAAAAAAAACUAACAAAAAACCUUUGUACAAAAUACUGUAAAUAUUAAUAUAAAUUAACUGGGCAUGCAACUGAAAUAAAUCCUAUGUUAUUACAAGUUAUCUGAGUGUAUAAAGGAGUGUAUAAAGGAAAAAUGAAUGCCAUAUGUAUCAGCUGUUCCCUCUAACCAAACUCUACUGUAAAUAUAUAAUCUGUAUAAAAAUAUUUUAAUUUUACCAUUAUUUAUGCAAUAGAAAUAAAGGUUUUUUUUCUUUUGAUGAA